AUGGAGCCUGAAGAGUACAGACAGAGAGGUGAGNNGAUGGUGGAUUACAUUUGCCAGUACCUGAGCAAUGUGAGAGAGAGACGGGUGACUCCUGAUGUGCAGCCAGGUUACAUGAGAGCCCAGUUGCCAGAUUCUGCUCCAAUGGACCCAGACAGCUGGGACAACAUCUUUGGAGAUAUAGAGAAGAUUAUUAUGCCAGGGGUAGUCCAUUGGCAAAGCCCACACAUGCAUGCCUACUUUCCAGCUCUGACUUCCUGGCCUUCACUCCUUGGAGAUAUGUUGGCUGAUGCAAUUAACUGCUUGGGAUUCACAUGGGCCUCUAGCCCAGCCUGUACAGAACUGGAAAUGAAUGUGAUGGAUUGGUUGGCUAAAAUGCUGGGCCUUCCAGAUAAAUUCCUGCACCACCAUCCCGACAGUGUGGGCGGAGGAGUAUUGCAGAGCACUGUGAGUGAAUCAACCUUGGUUGCCCUGCUAGCAGCAAGGAAGAACAAAAUUCUGGAGAUGAAAGUUUCUGAGCCAGACACUGACGAGUCCUCGCUCAAUUCUCGCCUCAUCGCUUAUGCAUCUGAUCAAGCACAUUCUUCCGUGGAAAAGGCUGGCUUGAUUUCUCUUGUGAAGAUGAAAUUUUUGCCUGUGGAUGAGAACUUUUCCCUCAGAGGUGAAACUUUGAAGAAAGCCAUUGCAGAAGACAGAAAGAAAGGCCUAGUGCCAGUCUUUGUUUGUGCAACUUUGGGUACAACUGGUGUCUGUGCAUUUGACAAUCUCUCAGAACUGGGUCCAAUUUGUGAUGCUGAGGGUCUCUGGCUUCAUAUUGAUGCUGCAUAUGCAGGAACAGCAUUUGUAUGUCCUGAAUUUCGAUUGUUCUUGGAUGGAAUCGAAUAUGCAGAUUCCUUUACCUUUAACCCUUCUAAAUGGAUGAUGGUUCAUUUUGACUGCACUGGAUUUUGGGUUAAAGAUAAAUUCAAGUUGCAUCAAACCUUCAGUGUUAACCCUGUCUACCUCAGACAUGCCAACUCAGGAGCUGCUAUUGACUUCAUGCACUGGCAAAUUCCACUGAGUCGUCGAUUUCGUUCUUUGAAGCUGUGGUUUGUGCUUCGCUCCUUUGGGGUGAAAAAGCUUCAGGCUCACGUCCGACAUGGUACUGAAAUAGCCAAAUUCUUUGAAUCCUUGGUUAAAAGUGAUCCACUCUUUGAAAUUCCUGCCAAGAGACAUCUUGGACUGGUUGUAUUUCGUCUAAAGGGUCCCAACUGGCUGACAGAAAAGCUCCUGAAAGAACUAAGCAGUUCUGGCAGGCUCUUCCUCAUUCCAGCAACCAUUCACGACAAGUUCAUCAUUCGCUUUACUGUAACAUCUCAGUUCACAACCAGGGAAGAUAUCCUGCAGGACUGGAACAUCAUUCAAAACACUGCAGCCCAAAUUGUUAGCCAGAAUUAUGGGUUGCACUGUAUCAGCUCUGGUGAUGGGGCAAGAAUCCCUGAUAUGAUAGAAGAGCCUAGUGCUGAUGCCAUUAGUGAUGCUUCUCAGGUUUAUCUAGACAGAGGGAAGUGCAAAACACCUUCCAGAAAAACAGUAGUUCAGCCUAAGAAGUUAGGAGUGAGUCCCAGUGCAUGUGUGAUUAGUCAACAAGUGAAAGGUCAAGGAGAUCCUCUAGAUGACUGUUAUCCAGAAGAUGUCCAAGAUGUUACCAAACAUAAGUUAACCUCUUUUUUAUUCAGUUAUUUAUCUGUUCAAAGCAAGAAAAAGACAGCACGUUCCCUUAGCUGCACCAGUGUGCCAGUGACUGGUAGUGUUGAGCCGUGUAAUCCCAAAGCAGCAGCCACUGACGAGGAGUCUCGUGCAAACACCAGAGUUCUUUCUAGGCUGCCUGAAGACAUGAUGAUGUUUAAAAAAAGUGCCUUCAAAAAACUAAUUAAGUUCUACAGUGUCCCAAGCUUUCCAGAGUGUGGCAUUCAGUGUGGCCUUCAGCUGCCUUGUUGUCCCCUGCAAGCCAUUGUUUAACAAGUAAGAGAGCUUGGUCCUCA